AUGAAGUCUCCCCGGACGGUCAAAGACCUACAGCAACUCAACGGAAGACUUGUCGCCCUGUCUCACUUCCUCUCCCGAUCGGGCGAUCGUUGUCUCCCAUUCUUCAAGGCGCUCAAAAACCUGAAGAACUUCCAGUGGACGUCAGAGUGCGAGGAGGCUUUCAAACAAAUAAAGCAGCACCUGGCCGGCCUCCCCCGGCUUGCCUCCGUCUCCACGGGCGAGAGGCUGGGCCUCUACUUGGUGGCCUCCCAGCACGCAGUCAGCUCGGUCCUGGUCAAGGAGAGCUCCGGCCAACAACUCCCGAUCUACUACGUCAGCCACGUCCUAAGUGGACCCGAGGAGCGUUACCCGCCGAUGGAGAAACUCGCGCUCGCCCUAGUGCUCUCGGCCCGGAAGUUGCGCCCCUACUUCCAGGCACACCCGGUGGAGAUCAUCACCGACCAACCUCUUCGGCAGGUCUUAACGAAAUUUGAUGUUGUAGGACGGCUCCUCAAAUGGGCGGUAGAGCUCGGCGAGCAUGACAUAAGGUACGCGCCCCGGACCGCCAUCAAGGCACAGGCGGUAGCCGACUUCAUCGCGCAGCUGACGCAGCCAGAGGACACGGAUCUGGAGAGGGUUCCCGAAGCCUGGACCCUACACGUCGACGGCUCAGCCAACUUGAAGGGCGCCGGGGCAGGACUAGUCCUCCUCGCCCCCGAUGGACGCUCGUUCGAACGAUCCCUUCGCUUCGGGUUCAGAGCCACCAACAACGAGGCCGAGUACGAGGCGCUCUUAGCGGGGCUAAGGCUGGCCCUCGAAAUGCAGGUGACCGCGAUACAUGUCCUCACCGACUCGCAACUAGUGGCCGAGCAGCUCAACGGCGGAUACGAGGCUCGGGACGCAACCAUGGUGAAAUACCUGGCGCGGGUAAGGGACCUGACCACCAAGUUCCGCUAUUUUACAUUAUCUAACGUUCCGAGGGAAGAGAACGGACGAGCCGACGCGCUAGCUAAGCUGGCGUCGAAGCCAACCCCCGAAGCGUGGCCGGAAGUGGAGGAGCUCUCUGCCCGGGCAAUCGAAAUGGCAACCACAGCCCCCGGCGGCACUCCAACUACAUGGGUACAAGAGCUGCUGAGCUUCAAGCAGGACGGAACCCUCCCCCCUGAUGAGGGUGCAGCUCGGCGCCUGCGUCGUACGCACGCGUGGUACACCGUGGAGUGCGGCCGCCUUUACAAGCGAUCCUUUACCUAUCCCCUCCUGCGGUGUUUAGAGCCUGACGAAGCCCAGAUGGUUCUAACCGAAACCCACGAGGGGGUAUGCGGCGAGCAUAUCGGCGGACGAACCCUGGCGCACAUGAUACUCCGUCAGGGCUAUUACUGGCCAACCAUGCGCCGAGAUGCCAAAGCCUACGUUCAGCGGUGCGGGUCGUGCCAGCAGCAUGCCCGCGCGCCCCGACAGCCCGCAGUCCCGCUCAGUCCCAUCGACUGCGAGUGGCCGUUUGCUCAGUGGGGCUUGGACCUGCUUGGACCCUUCCCGCCAGCCUCCGGACAAAGGAAGUACAUAAUUGUAGGGGUGGACUAUUUCACAAAGUGGGUCGAGGCCGAACCGCUGGCGUCAAUCACGGAACACCAAGUGGAGAAGUUCGUGUGGAAGAACCUGAUAACCCGGUUCGGGGUACCCAAGGCCGUUAUCACGGACAACGAGCCGCAGUUCGCCGGCAGAAGAUUCCGGAAGUUCUGUGCCGAUCAGGGCAUCCAGCUGAGGUUCAGCUCGGUUGCCCACCCUAAGACCAACGGGCUAGCCGAGGUAACCAACCGAUCCCUCUUGGAGGGACUCAAUCGGCCUGGACAGACGAGCUCCCCAGCGUCCUGUGGUCGCUGCGCACCACCCCCAAGGCGGCAACCGGGGAGUCCCCGUAUAGCUUGA